AGUGGCGGCUGGGGUGUCGGCCCCACGCCGCAACGUCUGCCCAGCCGCCUCGAUUGGGUCUUGUGCUAAGGCCUAGACCUCUGAUUGGUUGGCUUCAGUAGGUGGUGGGACUAAAAGCGCAGCUGCCCUCGCCGAGUGGUCAGGUGCAGGUCUGCGGAGCAGGUAACGGCCGGCCGGGUCCCUGAGGCUGAGCUCCCUGCUGACCGUCGGCCCCGGUCCCUGAGGCUGAGCUCCCUACUGACCGUCGGCCCCGGACGCCGAGGCGGGGAUGGCGGCUCCUGGGCCCUGCGCCGAUGGCCCUUGCUGCUCCCACCACAGCGCGGUGCCCACCGUGCAGCAGACGCUGGAGGAGAUGGACUUCGAGAGAGGAAUCUGGUCAGCGGCGCUGAACGGAGACCUUGGACAGGUGAAGUCCUUCAUCCAGAAGGCGGUGGACCCUAGUCAGCCGGACGCGGCCGGCUACACUGCCCUGCACUACGCCAGCCGCAAUGGGCACUACGCUGUGUGCCAGUUCCUGCUGGAAAGUGGAGCCAAGUGUGACGCCCAAACCCAUGGAGGCGCCACCGCUCUGCACCGGGCCAGCUACUGCGGACACACAGAAAUCGCGCGACUUCUGCUUUCGUAUGGGUCCGACCCCCAGCUGACAGAUGACGAUGGCAUGACCAGUCUACAUAAGGCUGCUGAAAAGGGUCACAUGGACAUUUGCUCCCUCCUACUGCAACACAGCCCAGCCCUGAAGGCUGUCCGAGACCAGAAGGCACGGCUAGCAUGUGACCUGCUUCCCUGCAACAGUGACCCUCAGGACCUGCUUGCCAGCUAAAUGCCAUCUCAUGCCUCAGGCUGCCCUUCAAGAGUACAGACUGAGUCUCCGAGUCUCCGAGCUCUUACCUUGGUCAGCAUCUACGCUGCAGGCGGGGAACUGCAGGAAGACACAGGAAAAGCCCCACGUCUGGCCACUGUGGAAGCAAGGGAGUACGUUUGGUGGGGGCUGCAAUUGACUAAGCCUGGACAGAUGGUCAUAUUCUAAGUUAGUUCACGUGGAAACGUCUAUCCUUUUGGAAAAAAAUAUAGUUAUAUUCUUACCUCAUCUCAUGAAAGUAAAUCUCUAGUAGGUUAAAGACCUAAGUAUUUAAAAAAAAAAAAAAAGUAUGUUAGUAUUAGAAGAAAAUAGGGAAUAUGAGAGAAAGUGAAGCCACUUUCUAGGUGUUUGACCUUGGUAGUGUUUGACCUUGGUAGAAUCACUUUAUCCCUCUCACCCUCAGGUCCUCAUCUCUAAAAGGAAAAUGAUAACCGUGGGGCCUGCGUCAAAGUGAUUGUAGGGAUUACGUGAGUGAAUAUAUGGAAAGCACUGAAGAGAGUGCCUGGCAUGUUGCAGGCAGGGUCUAAGAGCACUUGAGUCCCCAAAACUUGAUCAACAAUUGCUUUUAUGUCAUAAUUUCAUUAAUUUUAACAAUCUGAUGGGUAAAAAGCUACUAUUGUUUUAUUUUUCAUUUUCUAAUUACUAGCCAGGUCAAAUACCUGUGUCUUCUGUGAACAUCCUGUCCAUGUCCUUUUAUUGAUGCAUAGGAGUUGUUUAUAUGUUAUGGAUAUUGGUUGUUUUAUAUGUGUAUAUGUAUAUAUAUAAUUUUUUUUUCUCUCAGGCUGUCACUUGUCUUAACUUUGUGGAAGUUGACAUAGCCACUGUAGAAGGCAGUCUCGCAAUAUCUAUUAAAAUUUAAGUGAGCAUAACCAAUAAUUUGAUGUGUUUGUAGCUAACCCAGGGAAAUAUUCCCGCAUGCGUAAAAAGAUGUGCUUUGCAGAAUGGGGUAUAACGUGAAAAAAUUGGAGCUAACCUAACUGCUCACCGAGAGGGGGAAUCAUUCAGUUGUGUCA